AUGUUCGACCUGAGAACGAAGGUUAUGAUCGGCAUCGCUAGCAGCUUGCUGGUUGCUGCAAUUAUGCUGAUCAUCGUUGUACUUUGUCUUUACUUGAAAAUAGCCAAGGCACUGAAAAUGGCAAAGAUGGCAGAUGUUGAAAACUGUAUUGAACCAUGCAAGUUCACCCAAGACAAGAUCGUCAGGCCCAAACCCAUCAUUGCUGAGUCCUGUCGAACCUUCCAGUACUGUGACGACUGUAGCAUCUAUACAGAUGUUGACAGCCUGCCACCUUGCUUUUGUGGCACAAACGAUGGACUCUGA